AUGCGUUACAAUAAAAUAAUAAUUUCCCACAAAAAAGCGUUUCUAGGGAAUUUUCUGUUUGGUCAAUACGCAGCAUUUUCAUUUGACUCAAUAAUCCUGUUCAGGAUGCUGACAAAGAGGGAUAAAUUGCUCGUGAAACCCUUCAUGGUGGAACGUUACAACCAGCACAGGAAAAAGGUCAAGAGUGCUGGCCCGAGGAUUGACGACUCCUCACCACCCAUCUACACGCAUGUUAUUGUGAAGAUGAAGAAAAUCCAGAAGGAGCGCGAGAGGAAAGCCUCAAUUGAGCGAGAAAAUGUGCGGCUACUGCAGAAACUCGGAGCAAUCAUGAAUACAAGUCGCUUGGAGAAUUUCUGGAAUACCUCACGCCCCAAUUUCCUAAGUAGAGAAUUUAUCUAUUCACCCCGGAAGAAAUCUGCCCCAAAAACUGCACCGAGAAGCUCUCCGGAUGAGAGAAAAAGUCCCCCGGAAGGACUGACGGGCAGUGCAGCUCGUUGUCCGGCAUGCAGUGGACGAAUUGUAGCAGUGAAGAAGAAUCAAAUUGUUCCAGAGGAGCGUCUCCCAUGGGCACCACCACGUAAAACGUGGAAUCAGAAGAUUCUCACAGACACCACAAAGCCACACAUUUGCUGCCGCUACUGCUGUUGAGGAGUUCUCGAUUAGCGGAAGGAGACAACCACAAAAAUAUUCUAAUAAGACUUUUUUAUUACAAUUCUUUCCAACUAAA